UCUGUCCCUGACGAGUGACAACACAAAGACGGUGCAGUACACGACGAAGAGCACAAGCUUCGGCGGAAUGAACCGAUCCAGCGACAUGCAGGAGCCCAGUGACAAGCUGUUCUGCUGCACGUGGCUGCGCAACAAGGUUCCGCUCACCUGCAGAGAUGAGCUGUACCACCUCCUGAGGAUGACAGGGCCCCUGCUUCUCUCUCGAAUCCUCCUUUUCCUGCUUCCAUUUGUGGUCACCAUAUUCUGUGGGCGUCUGGGUAACGAAGUGAUGGCUGGCUAUGGAUUAGCUUCUGCUACCAUCAACGUGACCACUGCAGCAACAGGGUGUGGUCUGGCUCUGGCAUGUGAUACCCUGGUGUCUCAGACGUUCGGUGGUAAGAACCUGCUGCGGGUGGGGGUGAUCCUGCAGCGAGGCGUCAUCAUCCUGCUGCUGUUCUGUCUGCCCUGCUGGGGUCUGCUCAUAAACGCUCAGGCCGUCCUGCUACGCCUGGGCCAGGAUCCCACUGUGGCCAGAAUAGCCCAGCUAUACAUUACAGCCUUCCUUCCAGCAGUACCAGCAAUGUUUCUGCAUCGUCUUCAGUCAUCUUAUCUGCAAAACCAGGACAUCAUACUGCCUCAGAUGUACACUGCUGCUUUGGCAAACGUAGCCAAUGUGAUGACCAACUACAUAUUCCUUCAUUGGCUGGAUCUGGGAGUUUAUGGAUCUGCAGCAGCUAAUACUCUGUCUCACAUUUACAACUGUGCGUUUCUAUUUGCCUACAUUUGGUGGAAGAAGCUCUACGUAGCGACAUGGGGAGGCUGGUCCCUAGAAUCACUGCAGGAGUGGGGCUCCUAUAUGAAACUAGCCAUUCCCAGUACAUUAAUGACAUGUUUCGAAUGGUGGGUUUAUGAGUUUGGGGGAUUCUUUGCAGGAAUGCUCAGUGAGAAUGAACUGGCAGCUCAGCAUGCUAUGAUAAUGUUGGCAUUCAUAACCUACAUGUUCCCUUAUGCUAUUCAAGCAGCAGCAUGUGCCCGCGUGGGGAACGCCCUGGGAGCAGGGGACACCGACAGGGCCAUGCUCUCCAGUAAGAUGUCACUCAUUCUUGCAGCGAGCUUUGCGGUUGUUGAGGGUCUUGUACUUGCCUCUACUAAAACAGUAAUUGGCUUCAUAUUCACCUCUGACAAGGAGAUUGUAGGUCUUGUUUCCCAUUUGAUGAAUGCGCAUUGCUUUCUUCAGUUCUUCGACGGACUUGUGUGUGUUUGCACUGGCAUUUUCUUGGGCACGGGAAAACAGAAAAUACCAGCUGUAGCUAAUCUCGUUGGGUACUACGGCAUAGGACUUCCAUUGAGCAUCGUCCUAAUGUUCGUGGCAAACCUGAGAGUUCUGGGUUACUGGCUAGGGCUGCUCAUUUGUGUCAUCUUACAAUCCACCUUCUACAUCGUUGUCAUCUUUAAUUUAAAAUGGAAGGAAAUGACAGAAGAGGCUGUGAAACGAGCCCUGAAAAAGACAUACAUAGCUGUUUCAGAUGCUAGCGGACAGUCAUCAAGUAAUGUUAAACCAGGAGACGACUGCACAUCAGAGAGCACAACACACGAUGAUGAAGAUAAGCAAAUGCAUGAGCUACCUCAACUUCAAGAUCGUCUCUCUUCUACCCAGCUGAUCCUCAGACGAGGCCUUGCAGUGUUCAUAGCUGUGGCUUUUCUGGCUGCGGGAGCAAGCGUCCACUUCCUUGUGCCAUUGCCAAAGCCUCAGCAUUCAGAGGCCAGGAACAUAGACUGGAUUAAUGCUACUGAUACUCCUAAUCGGAAUCUUUCCACCGUGUUGGUCUCAUUAGCUCAGUAAUCCUUCACCUGCUGCAUUAAAUGUUAAUGUACUGUGCACAACAAUAGACUGAACCUAUUGAUACAUUAACACAGCGCUAAGCUGUGGCAAAAAGAAAGUGAAUUUGUGACAAAAAUGCAUUGUAUUUAUUCUUUCACAGCAUUCAUCGAGUUAUAGUUAAAAAACAGUCUACUUUACUGAGAAAACAGUCUCCCACAAAGGAAAGGCAAUGGAAAGGUAAAAAAAAAAAAAAAACAGGCACGAGAAUCAAAACCAAGAUGAGUGCUGAAAGGCUGACAAACCGGGUAACGUGAGCAGACAAUCUGGUAACUGAACAAGGUAAAUACAGUAGUGAUGCUUAAAUACUAAACUAAAUGACUAAUUGAUAACAGCUGGUGAAUCACAUGACUGGUUGUGGUGAUGACACAGCCUUGGCAAAAUAAAACAGGAAAUGAGCAAACAA